AUGAAGCAGAGAUUCUCGUCAAUAGACGUCAAGAUAAUAUGUCAAGAGCUCAGCACUUCGAUCAUAGGCCUACGAGUCUCGAAUAUAUAUGACCUCUCAUCGCGCAUCUUCCUCUUCAAACUCGCCAAACCAGACCAUCGCAAACAACUCAUCAUCGACUCCGGUUUCCGCUGCCAUCUAACCGAAUACUCGCGAACGACCGCAAGCACACCCUCCGGCUUUGUGAGCCGGCUACGCAAAUGUCUCAAGACGAGACGCGUCACUGCUGUGAAACAGCUGGGUACCGACAGAGUGAUUGACAUUGUUUUCAGUGAUGGACUGUUCCAUAUCUAUCUCGAAUUCUUUGCGGGUGGAAAUAUUAUUCUGACGGAUGCGGAGAAUAAGAUUCUGGCGCUGUUUCGUACCGUUGCGGCCGCGGGCGAACAAGAUGAGGUCAAGAUUGGGUUGACGUAUGCCGUUGAAAAGGCUCAGUAUUACCAUGGAAUACCGCCAUUGUCAGAAGAGAGGUUGAGAACGACGAUUCAGAAAGUGGCGGACGCGAAUCAACAAACAGCAGGAAAUGCGCAGAAGAAGUCCAAGAAAAAAGUUGAUGUCUUUCGAAAGGCCGUUUCGAGUGGAUUCCCAGAAUUCCCACCUCUCCUUUUGGAAGAUGCUUUUGCUGCUACGGGGUUCGACUCGAGUGUCACGUUGAAAGAAGUCCUAGAAAAUGAAAGCACUUUUCAAAAGGCCAUGGAGGUUCUCCGAGAAGCCGAAAGAAUCAUCGCCGGGUUGACUGAUGGGGAAAAGAAGGGCUAUAUUGUGGCGAAAGAACGAGCCAAAAAGGAAGAUCAACCGGAUGACUCUGCGUCAAAGGAGAAUUUACUGUUUGAUGAUUUCCAUCCGUUCCGGCCGAGGCAGUUUGAGGGGAAACCUGGUUACCACAUCCUCGAAUAUGAUAGUUUUAAUAAAACGGUCGACGAAUACUUCUCCUCGAUCGAAUCACAGAAACUCGAAUCUCGAUUGGCCGAACACGAAGAAACUGCAAAAAGGAAGCUCGAAGCAGCUAGGGCUGAUCACCAGAACCGAGCUGGCGCAUUGAAACAGGCUCAGGAAUUGCAUAUUCGCAAAGCAGAAGCCAUCCAGGCCAACAUAUACCGUGUGCAGGAAGCUACAGAUGCAGUCAAUGGACUUAUUGCGCAGGGAAUGGAUUGGGUAGAAAUCGCUAGGUUGAUAGAAAUGGAGCAGCAACGGAACAAUCCGGUUGCUCAGACUAUCAAACUGCCUUUGAAGCUUCAUGAGAAUACCAUCACACUACUAUUGAGUGAAGAGAACGCAGAGGUAGAUGAAGAGCAAGAAGAAUUUUCAGAGUCGGAGCCAGAAGUAUCGGACGACAGCGGCUCCGAGGAAGAAAUCGAAAAAGACGAUAAACCGGCACGAAAGGMUGCCGCGCCUCUGACUAUUGAUGUUGACCUGAGCUUAUCGCCAUGGUCGAAUGCAACUCAGUAUUACGAACAGAAGAAAACUGCCGCUGUAAAAGAGCAAAAGACAAUCCAGUCCUCCGAAAAAGCACUUAAAAGUCAGGAGAAGAAAGUGACAGAAGACCUGAAGAAGCACCUUAAACAGGAAAAGCAGGUGCUGCGACCGUCAAGGAAACCAUUCUGGUUUGAGAAAUACCUUUAUUUCAUAUCAUCUGAAGGCUACCUCGUUCUCGGUGGCCGUGACUCACAUCAAACAGAGAUGCUGUAUCAACGGUAUCUGAAAAAGGGCGAUAUAUUUGUGCACGCCGAUCUUGAUGGAGCUACGCCUAUGAUCGUGAAGAAUAAAGAAGGCACACCUGAUGCCCCUAUCCCACCUGGCACGUUGACUCAAGCUGGUAGUAUCUCGGUUGCUACGUCAAAGGCCUGGGAGACAAAGGCUCUGAUGCCCUCGUGGUGGGUGCAAGCGCAUCAGGUAUCGCGGACAAAUGAGAGGGGGGAGCUUUUGGCUAAUGGAGCUUUUAUGGUCAAGGGUGAAAAGAAUUACUUGGCCCCUGGUCAACCGAUAUUGGGAUUUGCUGUUUUGUUUCAAAUCAGCAAAGAGAGUGUGCAGAAUCAUCGGAAACAUCGUAUAGAAGAACCGGCAGAAGCAGAGCCAACGGGAACAUUCGUGGCAAAGGAGGAAGAAAACCCAAAUUUGCAGGAUCCCGCUGAGGACGUUCAGGAAGCAGUCAAAGAGGAAGUUCCAGAGGUUCCUGAAGACACAAUUGAACAGGCAGAGACGAACGCACAGGUUGAGGAAGAAGAUUCGUCCUCCGAAAGCGAGAAAGAAGCAGAAGAUGAGAAGCCGAAAUCAAAUCCACUUCAGUCCUUUACCGAAAGCGGAGAUAAAUCAGAAGUAGAAGACGAGGCAGAUGCAAAUGAUGAAGAUGAUAUCGACGACGAGAUCGAUGAAACAUCUACCAUUCAUCAAGAACAAAUCUCUAAACAAAAACCAAACGCGCCAACGUCCAAGCAGCAGCCACCACCACCAACAAAACAAAAAAUCACCCGCGGCAAAAAAGCCAAAGCCAAAAAAGCCGCCCAAAAAUACGCCCACCAAGACGAAGAAGAUCGCGAACUUGCCCUCCGACUCCUCGGCGUGAACCCCAAAGCCGCAAAAGCAGCCGAAUCAGCAGCCGAAGCCAAAGCGAAACGUGAAGCCGAGCUCGAAGCACAAAAAGCACGUCGUCGCGCACAACACGAACGAGCAUCUGAAGCAGAGCGGAAACGACAAGAACAAUUCCUCCAGAAACGGCGUGAAGGAGGAGAAGCAGGAGCUACAGGUGAAGACGAAGAAGCCUACAACGACGAAACCGCCCAACAGGAAGCGGAAGAUCUAUCCUGGCUUCCGGCUCUGGUCGGCACACCCCUGCCAGAAGACGAGGUCCUCGCUGCUAUCCCCGUAGCCGCACCCUGGCCGGUCGUAGCCCGGUUCAAAUACCGCGCCAAACUGCAAGCAGGGAAUAUCAAAAAGGGUAAAGCUAUCAAAGAGAUAUUGGGUCAUUGGAUCAUUGAAGCCGGAGGUGCUCCCGGCGCUGGAGCCACUGGUGCCAGUGGUGGCGCAGGCAACAAGAUCGCGAAGAAGAUUAUUKCGGAUGAUGUUGCGGAAGGAUUGGAUCGGGCUACGGCAGAAAGGAUGCGUGCCCGUGAAGCGGAUUUGUUGAAGGGGUGGCGGGAUGUGGAGGUUAUGAAUACUUUGCCUGUUGGGAAAGUGAGGAUUGUUUCUAGUGGUGUAGUUGGCGGUAUUGGUGGUGGUGGAAGUGGGAAAGGGGAUAAGGGAGGUGGAAAGGGAAAAGGUGGUGGAGGUGUACAGAAAGGAGGCAAAGGAGGGAAGAAGAAGUGA